AUGACUACUGCUGUUUCUACUGUCAUGACCAGUGCUGUUUCUACGGUCAUGACUUCUGCUGUUACUGUCACUACCGGUCUAGUGACACCACUGCCUAAUGCAGUGUCGCAUGCUGAGAAACCAGAGAAAUUCAGUGGUGUGAAUUUCAAACAGCGGCAGCAAAAGAUGUUCUUUUAUCUGACCACACUGAACCUGGCAAGGUUCUUGACUGAAUCUAAACCCCAUGUUGAUGAAGGGGAUAUGGAUGGUCAAUCUGUGAGCACGAUGCAUGCUUGGAAUCAUUCCGAUUUCCGGUGCCGCAACUUUAUUUUGAAUGGUUUGGUGGACACAUUGUAUAAUGUGUAUUGCAAAGCAAAGAAUGCCAAAGAAUUGUGGGAGUCUUUGGAUCGCAAAUACAAAACAGAAGAUGCUGGCACUAAGAAAUUCGUGGUUAUCCUUCACGAUAUUCAUGCGGAAGGAAUGAUGCUCAGCGAAACAUUCCAAGUUGCUGCAAUGAUCGAAAAAUUGCCACCAAGUUGGGUUGAUUUCAAGAACUAUCUCAAAAGACAACAAAGUGGCCCUAAAAAGGUUGAUGGUCCUGAAACAGUGAAGGCCAAUCUUGUUGAACAUGGCCAAUCUUCAAAGGGAAAAAACAGUGGAAAGGGUGGAAAGAAAAGUCAUGGGAAACGCUCCAACCUUGGUCCUAAGGGAGGAGUUGGGAAAAAGAAGUUCCAAGGAACUUGUUAUAAUUGUCAAAAGCAAGGCCACAAGGCCAGUGAAUGCAAGCUUCCCAAGAAGGAAAAUGCUUGA